AUGCCUAACACCGAAGAAUUGAAGCAUGUAGGCUUCAAUACUGAGAGGGACCUGAACUCCCACCAGGCCAAGCAGGGUCGCAGCAAAAAGAGUGACUCAACUGUCGAGUCAGGUGUUGACGAGAUGGUCAACCAGCGAUUCUCUGAACCCACAAGUGUGAAGUACGGCCCCGGCUCGACUGCCCAAGACAGCGACCACCGUGUGAUUCCCGAAGAAGAGGGCGGUGUCCGUGAUGACCGCAACAGACUUGCUAGGGCAAGUCAGUUCGAGGGCCCUGGCGGCCCGAGAGACUGA